ACGAACAUGGUCCUAGUUUGGAAUUUCGGAGUUGUCGCAAUCAGUUGCAACACAACAAGUACAGUGAAGUACGGUGUUCGGACGUUUUUCACGGGGCCUCAUUUAGAAAGGGUUGCUUGAAAAUUCGUUAAGAGUAUCUCGCGCGCACGUAAAUUAUCCGAUGCGCGUUAAUUCGUGGCCGCACAUCAAUCCAAUCGAUUCGCUGGCCUUUUCACUGGAAAGAGAAACUGAGAGAAACCGACGACGCGGGCACAUCGGAUUAGGUUGCCUGACUCAACGUAAAAGCGCGCAAAUCCGAGUGAGAGGCCGUCGAUAAGUUUAGGCUAGAGAGAUGUAUCAAAGAAGGUAACACAAAUCUAGAAGACAGGAUCAUGGCAAAUAGAAGAGACAAGCCUACUGGCUUUUUGGACACAUGGUUCGGCCGACCAAAGAAAUCCGUACGCGGGAGUGGGUCGCGCGGCUAUUCGGGCAGCAACACCAUGCCCAGGCCACACUCUGGUGACGAUAUCAAUGAGAUCGAACAACAGCGUUGUAUCAUCGAGAGAAUGGAUGAAGAGACGGUGAAUGAUAAAUUCGAGGAAAUGCUGGCUAAUAUGAAUCUAACAGAAGAAAAGAAGGAACCAUUGCGCCAGCAAUCGGAAUCGAAGAAGAAGGAGAUGCUGGUUUUGCAUUACAAGGGUAGCAUACAAGAGAAUCGAUCAAAAUUCGACAAACCGGCGGACUACAUACAGUAUUUGGCGCAGCCUGAUUUGAGCGUCAAUAAGAUCUACAACUGCAUUGAGUCUCUCAGGAUUGCGCUUACUAACAAUCCACUCAGCUGGGUACAGGAAUUUGGCACCAAGGGUCUCAAGCAGGUUCUGGCUACUCUCAAUGAAUGUUAUCGAAAUGCCUUCAUAUAUUACGAUAGUGACAAUCGUUAUGAGCGAAUACAAUACGAAUGUAUUCGCUGUUUAAAGGCUAUUAUGAAUAACACCGUUGGUAUAAAGGAGAUGUUGGCCCAUCACGAGGCUCUUACCAUAGUGGCCAGGUCAUUGGAGCCGACGAAACCAUCUGUAAUGUCCGAAGCUGUAAAGUUACUAGGCGCGGUGUGCCUCAUAUCCAUCGAUAGUCACAAAAAGGUUUUAGAUGCAGUCACUAUGAAUGGCGAAUUCAAAGGUCGUGAAAGAUUUCUGCCAAUCGUACAGGGUUUGAUGAACAAGAAAAACGAAAAUUUAAGAAAAAAGGGCCUUCAAAAGAAAAGGAAAGAUUGUAGAAUAGAUAUUCUUUAUCCAUGUGACGCAUAA